GUUGGUGGCAGGACAAAGCCAAUCGGAGCCCGUCUGAUGCCAUUUUCCAAGUCACCAGAUGCUCAUGACCCCCGCUCAUUGAAUCUGCAAGUUCCCAUCUGGCUUUGGGGGGUUGCAAUUGUACUAAGUAGCUGUUAUGAUGCUGAACUUGCUAGUGCUCGCUUCUACCACAUUGGGCUAAAAAAGUCCCUGUUGCGGCACCACCCCCUUUGCCUUUUUGACUUUUUGAAGGUAACGAGAUUGCCCGUGCCCCUCUGUCCACCCAGGUCAGCACCAAAGCCUUCAUUACCCGCUGCUGUGCCAGCAUAUACCUCACAUUACCAGACCGCCCACCCAGUGCCAGUGGUUAGUUACCCUCAGGAAGUAUUUCCCCCACCGCUUCGUCCCUGCAUCCACUCGCGCAGUAGGCGCGCACAACACGCUGCAGAAAAAGGCCUCCUGGGACCCGCCUGCUCACAAAUGCGUCUCCAUCCCCUCGCCCGACGGUUCAUCCCACCCUUCUCCCCUGUCUGAUUCUGUUCUUAGAACGACCAUAAAAACCUGAUAUCAGGUCCUUGUCAGCCAGGUUGGCGUUGUCGAGGAUUCCUUCGAGGUUUCGUCACUCGUCGUCUAAGCCUAGCGACGACUUGCUCAAACCCGCCAACGUCAUUCCCUGUUCGGUACAUAGCAUUUGUGCUAAGAUUUUCCAAGACCCUUCCGCCCUGCGUCUUGCGUCCGUCCUGCACAGAUCGUUAGACGUCCACCCGACAACUCUUCAAGACACUCUCCCGUGCUUGUGAUCCCUUGGCUCAGUCCGUUGCUUGGACUGACUCAUUAAAACACUCAAACAACCGCUUCUACUUCUCUACUACUCGCCGUAACCGGGAGAAUCCUCUCCAC